UUGGCUGGGUGACUGAGGCGAGCCUAUAUAACCGAGUGAGCUAUACACAGCUGAUCUCUCUCGAGUAGACCGUUGGCAGGAUUGUAUUGGAAUCUACAACUGUAAUAAGAUGGAGGGAGUUACUAAUGCUGACUAUCCACUCAGUAGACCCUUGUCUGCAGAUGAUCCUGAGGUCUUUGAGAUUCUCAAGAGAGAGAAGGAUCGUCAGUUCCGUGGGCUUGAAAUGAUUGCUUCGGAAAACUUUACAUCACGUGCAGUUAAUGAGUGUUUGUCUUCCUGCCUCACCAACAAGUACUCGGAGGGCAUGGUUGGCCAGAGAUAUUAUGGCGGGAAUGAGCAUAUAGAUGAGGUGGAAAGUCUGUGUCAGCAGCGUUCUUUAAAGGCUUUUGGGCUGAAACCAGAAGAGUGGGGUGUCAAUGUUCAACCAUACUCUGGAUCUCCAGCCAACUUUGCAGUCUACACAGCUCUUGUUGAACCCCAUGGGCGCAUUAUGGGUUUGGAUCUUCCCGAUGGGGGUCAUCUAACACAUGGGUUUUACACAGCUACUAGAAAGGUGUCUGCUACUUCAAUAUUCUUUGAAUCUAUGCCCUACAAGAUUAACUUGCAGACAGAAUUAAUUGACUAUGGCAAGCUGCAGGAGACUGCUAAGCUUUUCAAACCAAGGCUCAUAAUUGCAGGUGUCAGUUGUUAUCCUCGUCAUCUAGACUACAAAAGGUUCAGAGAGAUUUGUGAUGAAAAUGGUUCCCUUCUGAUGGCAGACAUGUCACAUGUGAGUGGGCUGGUAGCCACUGGCCUAACUACAAACCCCUUUGAAUAUUGUGAUGUAGUAACCACAACAACGCACAAAACACUGCGUGGACCAAGAAGUGGAGUGAUCUUCUUUAGGAGAGGGCAGAAAGGUGUGGAUAAAACUGGGAAACCAAUCAUGUAUGACUAUGAGGACAAAAUCAACCAGGCAGUGUUCCCAGGGCUUCAGGGAGGACCCCAUAAUCAUCAAAUAGCUGGCAUUGCUGUUGCUAUGAGACAGGCUGCUGAUCCUUCAUUUAAAGACUAUCAGAAACAGGUGAUAAAGAAUGCACAAGAACUUGCUGCAGGCUUGCAAGCUGCUGGCUACAAGAUUGUCACUGGAGGUACUGACAAUCACUUAGUGUGGGUUGAUAUGAGGUGUGUGGGGCUUUCUGGUGGUAAAGCUGAAAAAAUUCUGGAAGAUGUCUCCAUAGCUUGCAACAAAAACACAGUUCCUGGUGAUAAAUCAGCAUUGAACCCAAGCGGUAUUCGUAUAGGGACUCCAGCUCUCACUACGAGGGGCAUGAAGGAAAACGACUUCAAACAGAUAGUGACAUUCAUGGAUGAAGCCUUCAAGAUUGCAAAAACUGUACAAGAUAAAUCCGGACCCAAGUUGGUGGAUUUCAAGCGGGUCCUGAACGAGGAAGAGUUUAAGGCUCGUGUGACUGCCCUCAGAGAAAAGGUAGAAGAUUAUGCAAGGAAAUUCCCAUUACCUGGAUUACCUGAAAUUUAAUCUGAACCUCUGACAAGUCAUUAGUCAGUAUGGUGCCUAAAUAUUGUCUCUCCUAUACUUCUGUCUUGUCUGAAAAUCUGUUAAGCCUGUGAUAAUGAUCUGUAUGGGGAAUGGUUAUUUGGUAAUGUAUAAUUUUUAUUAAAGUCUCAGAUUUGUAAUUGUGAAAUAUUUGACAUUGGUUCAUAUAUUUUGUAUAAUAAAUUUCUUGCACAAU